CUUUCGUCAUGGUGUUUGCAUUUUUCUAAAGUCGUUUGUAACCAUGAUUAUUCAAAGUGGUGUGCUUAUUUCUCAACGGAUUCUAGAUGUUACACUAAACUUGAGGAAUUAAUGGUCUAACCCGUUUUACUUUUUCCUACUUGCAUUACCCAAUAUACAGUUUAGUUGUUUAAAGGGCACAUUAGCAAUUGCAUAAAUUGCAAAUCUAUAAAAGGGCAAGACGAGAGAGGAAGAAAGAAAGAAGAAGUUUCCUGGUUGGUGCAGUCAAUUCUCUAGAAAGAAAGCGACCCUUCUGCUCAUUUUAUUCAAAUUAUUUGAUUUCUUCUUCUUCUUCUAUGUAACAUCUUGCCUUUAACGUUAAAUUAUUAUCUUUAUCUUUAAUUAAUUCGUUAAUUGAUUUAUUUUAUAUAUAUAUAUAUAUAUAUAUAUAUAUUAUUCAACAACAGCUUUCGGUUUCAACUUUCAAUCGUGUUUUGUUCGUCUUUACCUUUCAAGCUUCGAUAUUUUCUCCUCCUCCUCCUUCUUCAGCAAUAUCGAUCUGCGAUCAAUAAAAACAUUUUUGAACAAAUUUUUUUUUGAAAAAAAUGGGUCAAAAAGAUGAGCCUGCUAUCGGUGUUCCGUAUUACGUGGGUCAGAACCCGUAUCAAGCCGGAGCAAUCCCGCCAAACGCCGUUUUCGGAGAUCCCAAAGGAAUUCCGAUUCAGCAGACCAUGUAUCGGGAUACUCCUGCUCCUUUUAACUGCGUUUUCUGUGGUAAUUCUGGUCUUACUCUCGUUAGAUCAAAGCCUAGUCUGGCAGCUGUUGUUGGUUGCAUGAUGCCAUUUAUGCUUGGAUUUUGCUUUCUUUGCCCUUCAAUGGACUGUCUCUGGCAUAAAUAUCACUACUGCCCAAACUGCAAAGAAAAGGUUGCGGACUUCGAGAAAUCAGAUCCUUGUUUAGUGAUGGAUCCUCCCCAGUGGACACAGCAGAGCUUUGCAUUGCCUGCAUGAAAUGAUAAAGCCAAUUAUUAUUUGUGUACUUCAUCUGGCUGAAACUGAAGGUAUAUGAUCAACGCGUGCUUUGUCAUUUGUUUGCUGGAGAAUUUGGACAUCUUUUAGUUGCCUCGUCUGUACAAGGAGUGAUUACUGGUACAUAUAUUUUUUAGAAUGGCGUUGAAUCAACAGUGUUUUCUAUACAGUCCCAAGUCUAUAAGUAUCGUUUUGAACUAAGCAUCUUUUGUGAA